CCCCCCCUCCCCGGCCCCUACAAUUUCGCUGCGUUUUCCCGGAGGCUGCGUCCGCAGCGGCUUCACCAAAAAAUGUCCCAGCCCGGUCCGAAGCCUUCCGCCUCUCCCAGGCCCAGUCGCGGCGGGGCAACUCGCCACACCCAGGAGCAUCUUAAUGAAAAGAAUAUUGGAUCAUCUUCUAAACCAGGAGAAAAGAAAGGAUCUGAUGAGGUGACAGCUUCCUCUGCUCCCACCAGCAAGUCUCCCAGUAUGAGUACCACAGAAACUAAGGCUGGGAAAACAGAGUCUAAGAAGUCACAAUCAAGUGAGCCACCUGUGGUUCAUGAGAAAAAGUCAAAAGGAGCGCCAAAGGAAGGGUCAGAGCCCCAAAAUCUUCCCAAGCAUGCAUCAACUACAGGAAGUAAGCAUGCUCAUAAAGAAAAAGCACUUUCCAGAUCAAAUGAACAGAUGGUGUCAGAGAAACAAUCAGAAUCACAGAAAAAAUUUCAAGGUGUUCCUUUUGCUGGUGGAGAGAGUGUGACUGGAGCUGGGACAGUGACCACUGCCUUGGACAAAGUGGUUGGUAAGAAAAAAGAACAGAAAUCAUUCACACCAGCUUUACCUAUGCACUCCACACUGAGCAAGCCAUCUGACAAGUCAGGCAUGGAUGCUGUCUUGGAUGACCUGAUAGACACCUUAGGUGACCAUGAAGAUACUAACAAAGAUGAUCCACCAUAUACUGGACCAGUAGUUUUGGACCCAAUGGAUUCUACCUACCUUGAGGCAUUGGGUAUAAAAGAAGGGACUAUUCCUCCAGAGUAUAGGAAACUUUUGGAUAAAAAUGAAGGGAUCACACGACCUCUUCCAGAGUCUCCUAAACCUAUGGGGACUGACCAUGCUAUAGAUGCCUUGUCAUCUGAUUUCACCUGUAGUUCUCCAACUGGAAAGCAAAGUGAGAAAGAGAAAUCUACUGGGGAAAAUUUUAAAGCUCAGCCUGCAGGAGUGAUCCGACGUUCUGUUCCCCCCCAGGAGAAGAAAAGGAAGGUGGAAGAGGGUGUUAUAAAUGAUCAAGCUCUUCAGGCUCUGUCAGAUUCACUGGGCACCCAGCAGCCAGAUCCUCAGAGCCACUUUAACCUAACUGAACAAGUCAAAGAGGCAAAAGCAAAAGAAGAAAGGCAGGAGAAGUGUGGUGAAGAUGAGGACACAGUCCCAGCUGAGUACAGGUUAAAACCAGCAAAGGAUAAAGAUGGAAAACUACUACUGCCAGAACCUGAAGAAACAUCUCAGUGCCUGAGUGAGUCAGAGCUGAUUGGGGAGCUUUCAGCAGAUUUCGGGCGAUCUACAUAUCAAGACAAAUCAUCUAUGCCAGCUGAAAAGAAAUCUAAUGACUCAUCCCAAACUCCUCUGGGGGAGACUGUGCCUCGGGCCUCCAUGUGCAGUAUACAGUCAGCACCACCCAAACUACCAUCCUUGAAGGGCUUGGUGCCAGAAGAUCCUGUUGAAGCCUUGGCUGGAAGCCUGGGGACAAGGGAAGCAGAUCCAGAAUAUGAAAAAUCUGUGGAGGAUAAAGUCAAGGAGAAAGCUAAAGAAGAAGACCAUGAAAAACUUGGUGAAAAAGAAGAAACAGUGCCUCCUGAUUAUCGACUAGAAGAAGUCAAGGAUAAGGAUGGAAAACCACUCCUGCCCAAAGAAUCCAAGGAACAACUUGCACCCUUAAACGAUGACUUCCUUCUUGAUGUGUUGUCUCAGGACUUCUCCAGUCCAGCAAACAUAUCAACUCUUGAAUUUGAAGAUGCCAAACUAUCUGCUGCCCUUUCUGAAGUAGUUUCCCAGACACCUGCUUCAAGCACCCAUGCAGCAGCAGCCCCUCUGCCUGGCGCUGAGCAGAGAGACAAAGAACUUGAUGAUGCCUUGGAUGAACUUUCUGACAGUCUUGGGCAAAGACAGCCUGAUCCAGAUGAGAACAAACCACUAGAUGAUAAAGUGAAGGAAAAAAUCAAAGCAGAGCAUAGUGAGAAACUGGGAGAAAGAGACGACACCAUCCCCCCUGAAUACAGGCAUCUCUUGGAUAAUGAUGGGAAGGACAAACCAGAGAAGACACCAACUCAGAAAACAGAGAAACCUGAUCAGGACCAGGACCCCAUUGAUGCCCUCUCAGAAGAUUUGGAUAGCUGCCGCUCAACUACAGAGACCUCACAGAAUACAGCAAAGGAGAAGAGCAAGAAGACUUCAAGUUCCAAAGCAUCCAAGGAUGGAAAAAAAACAAAGGACUCCUCCAAGAAGACAGAGGAAGUUUCCAAGCAAAAGGCUAAGGAAGAUGCAAGAUAGAGUUGAUGAAUUUGGGUAUCUGAAUAGAAAUUCUUCAGCUGGUGGAUGGUGACUUUUGAAGAACAAAGGCCUUAAUGACAGUUUUUUUCUGGGUGGUUUCUAGACAGUGGUUAUUUGUUAUGUCUUUUGACAUCUUAAACACUGAGUUGUUAUUCUUUUCCAGAACGAAAAUGAAUAUUCUGCUUCACCUGUGUUCUGUAUUGAGUAUUGAUAAACUUCAAAGAUUUUCAAUUGCCCUUAGAUGGGAGAAGAAAGCUUUAUAUUUGUAAGAAAUAUAUUUGAUAUGUUCUUAAAACACCAAAAAUCCCAGAAAGCCUUUACAAACCUUUGCACAUUAUAUAUACAGUGCCUGUAAAUCUCAUUAGUAUUUUUGGUUUGCACCAUUUUUUUUUUUAGCAUUUGAAAAAUAAUGCUCCCAACUUUUGUCAGUAUUUUGAUUUCUUAUUAUGUCUUUUUCCUCAGCUUUGAUAUAUCUUUGGGUUAAUGUUGAUAAGUCAAACAUGAAAUAUUGUAUACUCGGUGUAUAACUCUUUGGGGGAUGCUAAUAAUAAAUUAAUGAUAGGUGACCCAAGGUAAACCUCGGGAGCAUCAAUCUCCUUUCCUGACUGAACUCUACUUUUCUAGGAAUGAGGACUUCUACUCAUGGUCCAACAAGACACACUGAGACUUGAAUUAAGCUAGCAGAAAGACAAAGCACAGACUACAGUUUAACGUACAACAACUUUUAGCAAUAAAGUUGGGAAUCUUAGAAUACUCAUAUGGCUUGAACUAUCCUGGUUAACCAUGGCAUUAAACUGUGGUUUCCACCCUCUACAUGAAAACCAGAUUUUAAUCCUUUGCUUAUAGUCACUUGCCAUAUUGUCUAAAGCAUCUUUACCAAACACAAAAAUUAACUUCUUUAAAUGUGUGUGUGCACGUGUGUGUAUGUACGUACAAUGUAUACACUGAAAUUUAAAAUCUGCUGCUAUAUCAAAGCAGGUUAAAUUAUCUUAACAUCUUUGAAUGGUAUCUAAGAUUUUUCUGAGCACUGCACUGGUAUCAUUGAUGGAAAUUUGAUAAACAAUUCCAUUUCUAUUUCCUAGCAAUGAAUGCUGGACAAGAUGUCAGGUGCAUAUAAACCAGACUUCAACUUUCUUGUUUCCAGAAAUCACAGCCUUUGUUGCCAUCAAUGUAAAGAUUUUACUACGAUUUAAUUAACUUUACUAAAUAUAAUUUACAUCAUGAGCAAUUCCCAGGUGAUAGGUAAGACCAAGCAAAAACAUUAUAUCCAUAAUGAACAUGAUAUUUUGUUAACUGUCUCUAAAAUUACUCUCUAAAAACAUGCAUGCACCUCUUAGAUUUCAAAUGCUACCCACAAAAGUAUUUAAUUUCCAGUCCUAUAAAAAGAACAGUCGCUAUUCUGUUUUUAAGGCACUGACAAGAAUGUACUCCCUGUCUUAAAUAGGUUGUACUGUUGUAAACAGGAACCAUGACCAAGGCAACUCUUAUAAGGACAACAUUUAAUUGGGGCUGGCUUACAGGUUCAGAGGUUUAGUCCAU